AUGGCUGCAUUGACCAAGAAUCUCAACCCCCACUUCUCCCAUGUCCAUCCAAACCACCAUCUCAUUCACAACACAACCGACCAAACCAAUUACAUUUGCCACGCCUGCAAAACCACCGGUUUCGGCGACAGAUUCCGAUGCCACGUCUGCAUCGCCGACAUCCACGUGUACUGCGCUAAUUGCCCCCACCAACUCUCCUCCUCCUUCCACAGCCACCCACUCUCUCUCAUUCUCUCUAAACCCCAAACCCAUCACCGAACGACGACCAUCUGUGAUAUUUGCCGUGAAUCCAUCGACGGCGUGUCCUACCGGUGCAGCCACUGCGACUUUGAUGUUCACCCACUUUGUACUCAGCUGCCGGAGAAGGUGCGCCACGUCAUCGACGACUACCAUAGCUUGAGGCUCCAGAAGUCGUCGUUUGGGAAUUGUGGGGUUUGUGGAAUUGAUUGUUGUUCUUUGUGGGUGUACGGAUGCGAUGGUUGUAGAGUCAACAUACAUAUCAAAUGUCUUCGGAAGUCGUACGGUUCAAAGAAGAGCAGCGGGACACGUGGGAUACAAAAUGCUCCACCGCCGUCGACGGCGGAGAAGCCUCAUUUUAAUGGUGGAUUUCCGCCUGGUUAUGGAGGGAAUUAUUAUUAUGGGUAUGGAUUCCCUUGGGGUGUUCCGAAUUCUUAUUAUGGGUAUCCUGGAUAUCCAUUUCCAUACAAUAAUAAUAUCCCCAAUUAUCCGCCAUAUCACGGCGGAGGACAUGGACAUGGGCAUGGAUAUGGACAUGGGCAUGGGCAUGGGCAUGGACAUGGACAUGAAUCUUCAUCGUCGUCGUCAAAUUGGGGAUCACUGUUUGGGAAUACAAUGUUUUCUCUCAUUGGAAAUAUAGCUUCAGGUGCUAUCAAUGGUUUUCUUUUCGGAUCCAUUGCAUUUAAUGAUCUUGUUUCUCCCCUUAGCAAAUCCAACAACCAAAAAGAUCAUCAGAGAAAGAUGGCUCCGGUGCCGAAGAACACCAAAUUUCAUUUCACACAUCCAAACCACCCCUUGGUUUUUCUCUCCGACGAUCAAGAUUACUACUGCGACGGCUGCAAAACCUUCGGCUCCAACAGCCGAUUCCGAUGCCACGGCUGCGAUUUCGACCUGCAUGAAUUCUGCGCCAAUUGCCCAGAAAAGCUGUCCUUAUUCAUCCACCACCACCACCUCACUUUGGACGUUCUUAAACCCGAAGCUGCAGCCCCCGGCGGCAGGUUUUGCGACGUCUGCCUGGGCCCCAUCAAGGGCCUCUACUACCGAUGUAAAGAUUGCAACUUUGACGCCCACCCACUGUGCACUCAACUCCCCGAAGAGCUUGACCAUGUGAUCGACAAAAACCAUACUUUAAAGCUCCAAAAGCUGACCUUUGGAAACUGUGUUGUUUGCAGAACUGAUUGUUCAUCUCGUUGGGUGUACGGAUGUGAUAUUUGUGGUGUCAAUAUCCAUCUUGACUGCCUUUUGGAGCCGUACGACUCGCCGCCCGCUCACUCUACCGAGCCUCCAAUUCCACCGCCGAGUGGGACUGCCUCACGUGGGAUUUCGUUUGCACCGCCGCCGUGGCCAACUGGGCCACCCCAAGUUCCUUAUGGUUUCGCCGUCCCUUAUUUUAGCUAUCCUGUUGGAUUCAAUUAUGGAUAUGCGUACAAUAAUUAUGGUUAUUAUCAAGCAAGUCAAUAUGGAUAUGAAGCGCCGCCGCCGCCGCCGCCGCCGCGUGAGAGAACGCUUACAAAAUCAAUGUUUUCUCUGGUGGGUAAACUGACCAUGGGUGCAGUUACCAGUUCCAUUUUUGGGAUGCCUUUAAAUUUUUAGUGAUAUUGGAGUUGGAAUUGGAAGUAUGAACAAGAUCUCUGUCGUUUGCUUUGUCUUUUCUUUCCUUUGUGUUUCUUGUUUGAAUGUAUGAAUAAAUGUAAAUUAAGAAUGUUAAUUAAUGUAUGAAAUGAAAGACAGAAAU